AUGCUUGUGGUUGGAUUGACAGGAGGAAUCGCGUCUGGGAAAUCGACCGUUUCCAAGAGACUCCAAAAUCGUUAUGAUUUAACCGUUAUAGAUGCGGACAGGAUUGCAAGAGAAGUAGUGGUGCCAGGAAAGGCUGCAUAUAGCAAGAUAGUGAAAUACUUCGGGCCCAAAAUACCCGAUUUGGUGGAGGCUCCUAACAGUGUAUUGAAUAGAGCAGCUCUUGGACGGUAUGUGUUUAGUCAUAAGGAGGAACUAAAGGUUCUCAACUCAUUCACACAUCCGGCUGUUCGUAACGAGAUCUUAAGACAGAUACUUGGAUGCUAUAUACACUUUGAAAAAAUGUGUAUCUUGGACGUACCACUUUUAUUUGAGGCUGGAAUGGAUAAAAUGUGUGGCAUAACACUCUGUGUCGUUUGUGAUCGGAAGAUCCAGCUAGAAAGAUUGAUGAAUCGGAACUCAGAAUUGUCCAAGCAGGACUGUGAGAACCGAAUUGAUAGCCAGAUGAGUAACAGUGAAAAGAUCUGCCGGGCAGAUAUAGUGAUUGAUAAUGAAACGACUAUCGACCAGCUCUACGAGUCACUAGACCAUUCGAUUCGCCAGAUCCAGCCAAGUGCACUAUGGGCGUAUUUGGAAGUGAUCUGUCCUCCAAUCGCGGUUGUUUCUGCGGGAUUCUGUCUCCUCGGAAGAUUGUUGCCAGUGGGUAUUGCAGCAUGGCUGACAAGCCAGGUGAAGUAA